AAGCAAUAUGGCGGAGAAAAAUGAUCGUCUGAACUGUAGCAUUUGUUUAAACGAAUUCGAGAAGCCUAAAAUCUUAGACUGUUUUCAUUCAUUUUGCGAGAGUUGUCUUAGUGACUAUGUUAGUAAGUUUGAAGAAUAUGGCGAAUUUUUGUGUCCGUUGUGUAGACGUAAUAUUCAAAUCCCCACUGGUGGGGUGAAGGACUUGGCUUCAAAUGUUUACAUUAAAGACAGACAAGGCACCCACCAACUUGAAAGUAACCCACUAUGUAAUAUUUGUGAUGAGGAUAUCCAAUCAGAAUUCCGGUGUAAAGACUGUGACAAAUUCAUGUGUGAUUCAUGUAAAACUACUCAUGAUUUGUUCGUUAGAGGUUUGAAUCAUUACGUCAUAUCACUUGAAGAAGACGACACCAAUGACGCCCCGUCGCGCCAUGUCAUUUGUCAACAUCACCAGAAGAAGUUUGCAGUUUAUUGUUCAGACUGUUCCAAAGUAAUUUGUUCUAAAUGUUCAAAGAAAGAACACGAACAUCAUACAAUAAUAAACACUGAUGACACAGAUCAAGCUAUUAAAGCGGCUAAAGCAAGUCUCGAGAAACUAAAGAAGGACAUAGACCACCAGAUACAACGGUUAUGUGAUUGUCGAGAUGUGGUGAAAACGUCAUCGUCAAACCUCCACGAAUCAAUAACAACACCCUGUAAGUUGGUAGAUCAACAAGUUACGACUAUUUGUGAAACAGUAAAAUCUCAUGGUGAAAUAAUUAAACACGACAUCAAGAAAUCGGAAUUUGAUGAACAUAAACUUGACCAGAUGCACCAAGAACUCGUUACCAUAAUCGAUGAAUUAAAAACAGGUAAUGCCGAAUUAUCUGCGGAUCUGACAACCGAUGAUUCUGUGGAUUUAUUAGAUGGAUUCCCUGAUCUUAGAAACAGAUUAACGGUUAUAGAAAAUAAACCGUUUUAUAUUCCAGAGUUUAAGAUACCAGGUGUGAAGUUGGGUGAUGUUGAUGACGAGGUGUUACGUAAUACAAUAGGACAGGUAGAAUAUACUCAAUCAAUUCAACAUACUUUUCGUUUAAUUGGUUCUGUUUAUGGAAAUAUUUUGUCAAGCCCCUAUUUUGUUGUGCAGGGUACUCCACUGUAUCUUGAAUUACAGUAUUACUUGGACGAGUUACAUAUCAACCUUAACAAGACAAAGGGUACUUUUAGAUCUCCUGUCACGCUCCUACUACCGAAAGUAGGGACUUAUAAAAAGGAUUUCGAUAAACCAGAUCAAUACGGCAAAUACUUCUGGCCAUUUUCUCUGGAUAGAAAAAGUAAAACCCCAAACACUGUAACAAUUAAAGCAAUAUGUAAAACUCCAUGAUUGACAUGUUGUAUUAUUGAUUUUAAACUAUGAACUAUAUAUGUAGUAUAGUAUAAGCCACUUACUAAAACCUUUAACCAUUCACUUUUAAUAGAACACCUACAAAAUUAUUAGGCACUUGUAUUGAUCACUGAUUAGCCAAGGUGAUUUAUUGUCAAUUAAGUGUUCAUCAAAGAAUGUAUCGACACCGAUUUUUGAAGCGAUUACCAGAAAUCGCCAAAUCACCUCUGGGUGUGAUAUAAUCGGGUGGUCACGUGUUUGAUUUUCUUUUUCAAGUGAGUCCAGCCACAAGCAUUGUUUACCGCUAAUCGGCGCAUUUAAAGGGCAAUAUUGGUGUCAGUCAUUAUUACAUAUGUGAUAGAACUGGUUAAAUACACUCCAUAUAUAAUUUUAACACAGAGAUCAUUGCUACGGGAGAUGUGUAACAAACCCUUGAAUAAACGGGAAGUGAUGACAAACAUGACAAACACGAGUUAUCCUUCUAUAUAACUUCCCGUUUAUUCAAGGGUGUGUUACACAUCUCCCGUAGCAAUGAUCCCUGUGUUAAAAUUAUCACACAUGUAAUAAUGACUGACACCAUUAUUGUACUUUAACGAACUCGCCAAAGUACUUUGAAAUCAACUAUACUGCCACAUGACUAAAUACUGUCACAUUACUAACUCUGGCAAGUCGAUAAAAAAGCCUAUUGUAACUAUUAGCCUAUUGGGGUACACCUAUUGGCUUGACACUGACAGAUACAGUUGAUACACUCAGGUCAAAACCCAUGUGAUAGGUGCAUCUUUUCCCCAAAAAUGGGUGAUUAUCAUGAUUGUUUUUUUAUUGUCCAUUUAUCGAACCAGCUGGGUUUAGUAACUAGUUCACUACCGCUCAGUUUAAACAAGUUUGUUUUUUUGGUUUUUUGUUUUUAUAAUACUGAAUCAAUGGAGGGAUAUUUCUGACAGUAACUAUUUACGAUCAAAUUUGUACUUUAUUAAUUAGUAAUUCAUUGUAUAAAAUUCCCUCCCGCCACACCCUGCUUUAUUUCAUUUUCAUUUCGGAUGGUGGAACCUUUUUUUACCCUACAUUUGCUUUACGUUCUGUAUUUUAUUUAGUAUAGAAGUUAUUUUUUUAAUUUUUACAUAAAUCAUGAUAUUGUUCGUACGUUGUUACUGAAUAAAAUGACUGUUCAACAA